AUGGCCUUCGAAGAAUCUUCAGCUCUGGCCUGCAUGUUCAUCGUCAAGAACAUUGUUAUCCCGCCCUCUCGUACUAUACCGUCAGAUCAGGAUGUCUUUACCGGACUAGUACGACCUAACCUAUCCUUCAUGGAUUUACCGCGAGAACUUCGAGAUAUCGUAUACGAGCCCUACCUACCGGACACUGAAAGCACAUACGACGCAAAGACACACAAGUUCACUAUCACUAGCCAGGGAGCCAACGACAUGUCCCUCGGCUUCACUUGUCAUACCAUCUUAGAGGAGCUACUUUGUCGCGCAUUCGAAGUCAAUCUAACUUUUCAUGCUGCUUUCGUGCACACGCCACGCGAGAGUGACGAUCAAUGGGUCGAUGACAUAGGCCAUAUCUUACUUUACAAGGAGGAUAUCGUCGAUGAAAUGGCCCGUGGGUUUCUAUCGGAGGCCGGAGAGGAAGAGAUAGCUGCAUGCUAUCCCCAGUUUCAGCCCAUACUCUCUGCCUGGCGCUUGAACCGCGAUGGAACAUGGUUCUCCAAGGGCUAUGACUGGGGAGAGGCACCAUCCAUAUAUCGCGACUUCAUUCAGCACACGUUGACUGUGCUGGCAAAGCAUCCCGACUUCGCGGCGGACGACGUAGACUGGACCGACGCCCUACGAAUACCAUCAGACGGCCAGACACCAAGUCGCAACCUCUUGGAUCUUACCAAUCUACAGUCCAAACUUUGGUCAAUUCCUACGAACGGAGACUUCAUGCAUACCGUGUCUAUCUCUGGAUUUCCUACGGAGAAUACCGAUUACCCCAAUACCAUUAGGUACCCAUUCUCGGCCGCAGCUAUCGCAAUACGAUUCCUCAACUUCCUGCCCCAGGGCCUGCGGAAGCAGAUCCAACGUCUCCGCCUUGUUGAAAACCGAACUUCUAUCGCGCAUCCGGAGUGCCACAUGCGAGGCUUGAUACCAUUCUGCAUCGAUAUGCCAAAACUCCGCAUCGAACGACGCGUCAGCAUCUGGAAAACAGCUUCUGCUUGUCACCAUCCAUACCCUUGGCGUAACGAGAGACGAGUUUAUGUGCGAGAAGGCAGACAGGAGGGCAAAAAGAAGCCUAAACGUAACCGGAGAAUCUGGCCAGGCUGGAGUAAUGAUCCUUCGUUCGAUGACUGGUGGACUGCUCGUUUGUUACCAGAAGGUCAGUCUGUGACGAAAGCGAUCGCACCCUGGAUCAUAGAGGCUGACGCCUUGGAAUCGCUCGGCAUGCCGGCCGGUGUAUGCACUCUAGUAUUCAAAGGAGACACAGCUCUGUAUCCUCAUCUCGCACACAAUAUGUUCAACAACGUUAUACAACGCGACGCCGCGUGGCAAAUGGCCAUGAACCUGAUGUUCACGACCGAAAACUCGGAUAGUUCGCAAAUCGAGUGGUUUUCAAAGCGACGCGGUCUCGGAUACUUCUACGAGAAGUUUCCAGUUUUACUUCAGCAAAUGACCGCGGGGACAGGUCACUUCAAGUGUGAUUUCGAUCUGGGGGUUGAACAAGAUGCCAGGACCGUCGCCCGAGGCUUGCCAUUUUAUGCUUCUCCACAAUGGAACUGGCUCUGGCGCCACCAUCAGCUGAACUCAAAUGAUAAGGCGUAUGCUCUGAUCUUCAAGGUUCUGAGCCCUAACCGCCCUGGGCCUCACUGA